GUACGUUGUCAAUGGUGUGCAGGUUCUCUGCUUUAAAAUGUCCAUUGUAAUAACGGUUUUCAUUUGUAAUAAUGAUUUCUAUUCACUGCAGUUAGAUGACAUUGUUAUCGAACUAUAGCCUUCCCAAUCUUCCGAGUUUGGGGAAAUCCAGGGAUUUUCCUCAAAGUCGUGUGAAAGUUCGUAUAUUUCCUAAAAUCUGGGAAAUCUUGGGUUUUUUAAUGCAGUUCACCAAAACUUUCUGUCUUGACUUCCCUGAAACUGACAGAAUUUUACAUAGGGUCGGUAGAUUGAGUCAAUUUAUCAACACUUGCAGUAUUGGAAACAUCGUCAGCAGUUACAUGGAAUAAAAUAGUACGUUAAACAUAUGGCUUUCAAAUGGUUCAAAUGGUUGUGGACGGAAUAGAAGAAGCUUUCGCUUAACAGGCUUCCGUGUCUAGUAGCAGGGGAUCACCAAGUCCUCCAGGCAGGAACCUAGUAUUAUCAGUCCUCUCAUGGCUCGGAACCUUCAAGGUCUUCUUCGCCUUGCCGUUGAACAUUCUGAAAAUGCCGCCACAAAACCCAUGGACCCAAAGGAUGCCGAAUGGUUGGAUAAAGCACUAAGUGCAUCAACUGUCGACUUGAGUAAACAGCUGACUAACGAUGUCCAAACGUUAUCAUCCCAUUUGUCAUCGUCGGAGCCCGAUUUAAAUGAAACGAAGAAUGUCAUUGAAGAUUUGUUAACACUGACUGAAGAUUUGGACUUGUCGAACGACUUUUUGAUUGUUGGAGGUCAAGAUGUACUACUCAAACUAUUAUUUUGCGGCCCACCUUCCUUAAGAAUAGAUGGAUUGAAACUAUUAGCAAAUAUCACUCAAAACAAUCCUCGAGCUCAAAGUUUGUACACUGAAAACGGCGUCCUGGCUCGACUAAUUAUGCUAUUUGAAGAAGAGACAGAUCUAGAAUUUCUGAGACAUCUGUUACUAGCCAUAUCCUGUACCAUACGAGGUUAUGUGCCAGGAAUUAAUGUAUUUGUGGAAUCAAAGGGUGUUGAUCUUGUCCUCAGUGUACUUAUCAGAGAAGUGAAAAUAGGAAAAUCAGAUAAAGCAUAUCGCUUAGUUUCCAAAGGUGCGUUCCUAGUCUACUGUGUUCUGCAGGAACUUGCUCCAAAACAUAUACCAUCUGAAUCUUCGUCCAUCGUACACAAAGUGAUAGAUCUAUUAUAUCUCCUAGACGAUCCACAGGAGCACCUACUGGCUGCUUUAUCAUUUCUCCUCCGUCCAUUAGGUAGUCAGUCAAGUUAUACUACAAAUAUACAGUCCGAAGAAUCGUACAAAUCAUUUCCUAAUUGGCUACAACGGCACUUAGACGAGCUUCGCAAAAUGAAUGACCCAGCUGAUGAAGAACGUCGCGACUAUAUAGAUUGUUUGCUAAAGGUUUUAUCUUGAACAAAACUUGUUUCUACAUCGUUAGGAUUUCUAACAAUGUAACUGUGGCAGGAUUAUAAAUUUCUUUGUCAAAUACUUACAACCUUUAUUGAUGGUAC